AUGCAGCCAGCAGAGAUCAGAUUCUCUCUACAGAGACCUCUACAGCACAGAGAUCCAGCUAUGGCACCUACAAUCACUGCAGCAAUGACCAACUCUCAGGAGCAUCAGACUCUGACCCACAAGCUCAGAAAGCCUCUGGUGGAAAAGUUACGGAGAGAGCGAAUCAACAGCAGCAUUGAGCAGCUCAAGUCUCUCCUGGGUCCAAAGUUCCUCAAACAGCAGCCAGACUCCAAGAUGGAGAAAGCAGACAUCCUGGAGAUGACAGUUUGCUUCCUGACACAGCUGCAGCAGCAGAAUCAACAGCAAGGAAGACUGCUGAACCAUUUCAACAAGCUGCAGUCUUCCUCUGAGAAGAACCUGAGAGAGGCUGACUUCUCUCCUCUGAGCUCCACAGUCCAGACCAGCAUCACUAAAGAGAAGAGUCCAGUCAACAGCGCCCUCUGGAGGCCGUGGUAG